CGUGAGUCAAAGGUCUGCUUGCAUUGUUCUGUGAAAUAGAAAAUGACUUUUAAUUCGUAGUGAGUGUGCGUAUGUCAUUGCCCAAGUUAUCGUGGCAGGCCAGAUUCCUAACUCGUCUCCUCAGCACAAACAUGGUUAGCAAGCGGAUGCACAAUGAGGACAACAAGUUGGACACCUUCCGUCGGAUUUGUGAUGAAAUAGCCGGCGAGCCAAGCUACCUGAAGAAAGCCGAGAACUUGCAGCGAUUCUUCGAACGUGGCAGCAGUGGCAAGGGAUUCGAGGGCGACACCCUACUCUGGGUGCAGUUCCUCAUCCCGGCGGCCAACCAGCGUGUCUAUAAUCUGCAAAACAAAGCGCUGAUAAAGCUGUUCUCGCGAAUUUUCAACGCCAGCCAGCAGCAAAUGCAUCUGGAUUUGGAGCAGGAUGGAGACGUUUCGGAAACGCUGCGCAAGCACUUUGCUGCUUCCAGGAAACUGAAGCCCCAAGCGGAAAGCAAACUCUACCUGCAGGAGGUGGAGCAGCUGCUUCUCAAGUUGGUGGAGCGCACCAAGGAGGAUGAGCAGAUCGAGUUACUGCAAGAGCUAUGCACGAAGGCCACCGACCUGGAUCUGCGCACAUUUAUCCGAUUGGUGAAGCACGACCUUCGGAUCAAUGCGCGAGCCAGACACAUUCUGGAUGCCUUUGGUUCUGAAGCCUAUCCCGCUUAUCAAUCUUCCCGCGAUUUGGUGGCAAUUGUGCAACAGUUCGCCGGCAAGGAGAACAAAAAGAACGCAAUCAGCACGGUUAAGAAGGCUAAGAAAACAAACUUGAGCGGAAUUCAGGUAAUGACUCCUAUAUCGCCUAUGCUGGCCAGUGCCUGCAAAUCCGUUGAAGAAGCCUUUAAGAAGAGCCCCGCCGGACUGUAUAGCGAAAUCAAAUACGACGGAGAGCGAGUUCAAAUCCACAAGCAGGGAGACGAUUUCAAGUUCUUCAGCCGCAAUCUGAAGCCAGUUGUGGAGCAUAAGAUAAGAGCUCUAAAAGAAUACAUACCACGAGCCUUUCCAGGAGGCGGGGAAAUGAUUCUGGACUCGGAGAUCAUACUGGUCGACACUGACACGGGAGCACUGCUGCCCUUUGGCUCAUUGGGUGCCCAUAAGAAACAAACUUUUGCCAAUGCUGCAGUGUGCCUUUUCGUCUUUGAUUGCAUUCUAUACGAUGGCGAGGAUUUAACUCAGCUGCCAUUCCGAAAGCGCCGUGAGAUCCUCGAGCAGAAUAUUAAGCCCAUUAAGUCGCACGUACAGCUUUCCGAGUCGGAAUUUCUCAAGACCAAGAAGGAACUGGCUAUGAUGACGGCCAAAGUAUUGCACGCCAAUCUAGAGGGAGUGGUGCUGAAGAGUCCAAGCAGCACCUAUCAGCCCGGCAAGCGAAACUGGUUGAAGGUCAAGAAGGAUUACCUUUUCGAAGGCAAGAUGGCUGAUACAGCGGACUUGGUUGUCCUGGGUGCAUGGUACGGAUCUGGAAAAAAGGGUGGCGUGCUCAGUAUUUUUCUCAUGGGCUGCUACGAUGCAAUGGGUCGUAUGUGGAAGACAGUGACCAAAGUGCAUUCUGGCUUGGACGAUGCCACCAACUCGGAAGUACACGAAUCCCUUAUCAAGCUAACCGAACGUGUCGAUGCUAACGAUAUUCCUAAUUGGCUUCUAUGCAGUAAGUCCUUAGUGCCAGAUGUUUUAGCAAAAGAUCCGCUAAAAAUGCCUGUGUGGGAGAUUACGGGCGCGGAGUUCACCAAGUCCGAGGCUCAUUCGGCAUCUGGCAUCUCGAUUCGGUUCCCCAGGAUUACCCGUCUGCGCAGCGAUAAGACGGCGAAAGAGGCAAAUGAUCUGGCUCAUUUGGAAGAUCUGUUUGAUGCCUCAAAGAAGAAUGUGAACGUCGAUCUGCUCUUGGCCAAUUGUGGAAAUGAAGAAGAAGCGCUGAAUGUUGAAAAGACGCCACAAAAAGAGAAAAAAUUAAGUGACAGUAGAACAAGUAGCAUUAAGAAAUUAAAAAGGUCAAAAACAGGUUCGGAUGAUGAGGCAGUUCCGCCGGUGAGCAAACGCAAGGAGCAAAAAGUGGAUCGGAGCUUGUCGCCAUCUCAAAAGGGGAUGAAGGAGUUUUUCAAGCCCAUUAAAGAGCUGAAAUCAGAAGUUAAAAAGGAAACCAAAAUGGAGGAAAAAAUGUUAAAUCCAUUAAGUUCAAAAAUCAAGUUAUUCGCAGGGUUAAUAGCUCACUUUACAACGGAAAAAGAUUUAAGCAAACUAAGGGAACAAUUUGCGCAGUAUGGAGGAACUUGUACAACGGAUACCCGAAAAGCUAAUCUGGUGUUUUAUAAUAAUAAUGGGGAAUUGGACCUGGAGAAGCUUAGACCUCUCUAUCGACGCGGCGUCCGCCAUUUAAAUGUUACCUGGCUUCAAACAUCUAUUGAGACUCAGAGUCUGCAGCCUUUUCCUCUUCAUGCCUUGAUUUUAAAAUUAACUUCUGGACGCUGGGAUCGCCAAACGAAUCGCUCCUCCAUCAUGCUGUGGGAAUUUCUGGCACUCUUUGCGAUCGGCUUGGUCCUAUUCUAUCGCUGGGCGACCGCGAACAAUGGCUUCUUCAAGGAUCGGGACAUUCCCUACGAGAAGCCGCUCUUGUAUUUUGGCAACAUGGUCGAUAUGUUUUUAAAAAGGAAAUCCAUGUUUGACAUAGUCUGCGGUCUAUACGAAAAAGGCGGCAGUAGCAAAUUUUUUGGUAUCUUUGAGCAGCGACAACCACUAUUGAUGGUACGCGACCCAGAUCUUAUUAAGCAGAUAGCCAUAAAGGACUUUGACCACUUUAUUAAUCAUCGAAACGUGUUCGCCACCAGCAGCGAUGAUGAUCCGCAUGACAUGAGCAAUCUCUUUGGAAGCUCCUUGUUCUCCAUGCGAGAUGCCCGGUGGAAGGAUAUGCGAAGCACUCUCAGCCCGGCCUUUACUGGCAGCAAGAUGCGUCAGAUGUUCCAGCUGAUGAACCAGGUGGCUAAGGAGGCCGUGGACUGUCUUAAGAAAGAGCAGUCGUCUGUUCAGGAGUCAGAUCUGGACAUGAAGGACUACUGUACACGAUUCACGAACGAUGUUAUCGCCUCGACGGCCUUUGGGUUGAAUGUUAAUUCUUUCAAGGAUCGGGAGAAUACCUUUUAUCAGAUGGGCAAAAAGUUGACAACAUUUUCUUUCCUUCAGAACCUAAAGUUCCUGUUGUUUUUCGCAUUGAAGAGUUUGAACAAGAUCGUGAAAGUUGAAAUCUUUGAUAAAAAGAGCACUCAAUAUUUCGUGCGUCUGGUGCUUGAUGCCAUGAAGUACCGACAGGAGCACAACAUCAUCCGUCCCGACAUGAUCAACAUGCUGAUGGAGGCCCGCGGUCUGCUCCAGACGGAGAAGGCCAAGACGUCAGCCGUUCGCGAGUGGAGCGAUCGCGACAUUGUCGCCCAGUGCUUUGUGUUUUUCUUUGCUGGAUUCGAGACUUCAGCUGUGCUGAUGUGCUUCACCGCACACGAAUUGAUGGAGAACCAGGAUGUGCAGCAGAAGCUGUACGAGGAGGUGCAACAAGUGGACUCGGAGUUGGAGGGCAAGGAGCUGACCUAUGAGGUCAUCAUGGGUAUGAAGUAUCUGGAUCAGGUCGUUUCAGAGGUCCUGCGAAAAUGGCCGCCAGCAAUUGCCGUUGACCGAGAGUGCAACAAGGAUAUAACUUAUGAAGCGGAUGGCCAGAAAGUGGAAAUUAAAAAGGGAGAUGUCCUCUGGCUGCCCACUUGUGGCUUCCAUCGUGACCCCAAAUAUUUUGAGAAUCCCAAGAAGUUUGAUCCGGAACGUUUCAGCGAAGAGAACAAGGAUACAAUUCAACCAUUUACAUAUUUUCCCUUUGGACUGGGUCAACGAAACUGCAUCGCUUCCCGAUUCGCUCUUCUCGAGGCAAAAGCUGUCAUCUACUAUCUUCUGAAGAACUUCCGCUUUGCUCCCGCUCCAAAAUCCUGCAUUCCACUAGAGCUUGCCAGUUCCGGUAAGUCCGACGAGCCAGUGUCAUUUUCGAAGCACAAAAUGGAGAGUGAAAUUUUAAGUUUUUAUAAGGACAAAACAGUUUUCAUAACCGGAGGCACAGGAUUUCUAGGCAAAGUGAUCAUAGAAAAGCUAUUGCGGGUAACCGAUGUGGAACGUAUAUAUUUCCUGGUUAGAACUAAGCGAGGAGAGGGAGUGAAAGAACGAUUUGAGACUUGGAAAAAGGAUCAGAUCUUUAAGGUACUGCUCGAGGACAGGCCGCAGGCAAUGGAGCAUGUUACUCCCAUUGCGGGGGACUGCAGUGAGGUGGACUUGGGCAUCAGCGAGGGGGAUCGGAGGAUCCUCACCACGGAGGUUCAGGUGAUCAUUCAUGGAGCCGCUUCAGUUAGAUUCAUGGAGCCACUGCAGGAUGCGUUGAACAUCAACACGCGGUCAGUGCGUCUGAUGGUCCAGCUGGCAAAGGAAAUGCGUCGCCUGGAGGCCUUUCUCCACAUUUCCACGGCGUUCUCCAACUGUGUGGUUACCCACACCCAAGAGCGUUUCUAUCCGGAGCACUUGACCUGUUCCUCAGACAAGGUUCUCGAGCUGAACGAAUCCCUCAGCACCGAGUUGGUCAACAAGAUGGCACCAGCCUUACUUGGUCGAUUCCCAAACACCUACACCUACACCAAGGCUCUGGGAGAGCAGGUGAUUCAGGAGGAGGCGGCUGACCUUCCAGUCGGUAUUUUCCGACCAGCCAUUAUUUUUUCCAUCUUCAAGGAGCCAUUGCCAGGUUGGGUUGAUGGAUUGCAGGGGAUAGGAGGCAUGAUUUAUGGAUCUGCGUACGGAAUUCUGCAUUUGGUACUUAUUAAUGGUAAAGCAAACGCUUCAAUAGUUCCGGCCGACUACUGCGUCAACGUGGCCAUCGCUACACCUGUUCAGAUAGCAAAGAAAGCCAGUCAAGCUAAAAAGAGCGUUCCUCCCAUUUUCACUUUCGCACCCUGCCAAUCGAAUGAAAUUACCUAUAACGAAAUUAUAGAACAAUGCUACAUAAAUGCAAUGCCCGUACCAAAUACCAAGAUGAUUUGGUACCCAUUUACCCAUAGGACCAAUUGUCCCUGGCUCUUUAGCGUUGGGAUUUACCUCUACCACAUGCUGCCCGCCCUCCUGCUCGAUACGGUCCUACGACUGAAAGGUAAAAAACCAGUCAUGAUAAAAACCUAUCACAAGGUCCACGAAGGUGUGAGACUUUUGUAUCACUUUAGCAAACAAUCCUUUACCAUGGAGACGAAUAAUACCGACCAGCUGUGGCAGUCGAUGACGCCAACGGAUAAGAAAAUCUUUCACUUCGAUAUGGUCAACCUAAGCUGGGUUGAUUAUUUCUCGGCCAGCAUGUACGGAAUGCGACUCUAUUUGUUCAAGGAUCUCCCGACGCCAGAAUCCGUGGCCAAGGGAAAGCGGAUUCUCAAUAGGUAUUACCUAUGGGACAGAACCAUUAAAUUCGUACUUUUUGUCCUAUUGGGGACCUUUAUUUGGUAUUUGUUAAAACUAGCAUUUAAUUAAGGGCUUUACUUUAAAUAGAAACGUUGAAAAAGAGAUAAAUUGUGACCUUUAAACUUUGUAGAAGAAAGUCUUCCUUUAAAAAUGAAAAGUGAAUAUAUAAAGUUGUGCUCUAAGUGAAUAUAAAAAGGAAUAAAGCUUACAUGUAAAACCAGAAAA